AUGUAUCUGGUUGAGAGGGACUUUCCAUGUGAGUUUCAGAUAUGCCAGGUGUUUAUAAAUAUAGAAGAAGACGACGUUCGUCUCCUCCUAUAUCCUGUUAUCACAAUGCAAUUUCGGUUCAUUGUCUUCUUCUUUGUAGGUGAAAUAACCAAUUCAUAUUUCGAUAUUGCAGAAUUCUCCCUCAAGGUCGUGACUGGCUUCAAAUCUGGAUUUUGCCUUUUGUGCUGUUUUAAAUAUUUCGAGGCAGCAGCCACUUCUACGAAUUUCCUUCUUUCGCUCCCACUUUUCUUUCCACCCAUCAAUGGCUGCAUCCUUAACCCGUUUUUCAUUGUGACCGAUUCUGUUAACUUCACUACAAAGUUAGCCUCAUCAAGGAAGGUUAAGAGGAGAUGGCAGAGUAGGGAAGAUAGGGGAGUGGAGAGGGAACGUGCUGUUGUUUUCGUGCCAUCUGAUGGUGGUGUUUAUUUGUCUGGGUCGGAAUCUGAGGGUCCUGACUGGUCUAUUGGAUGGGUGGAGCCGCAUGGACCAAAUUUUCGAAGCGAUGAUGAGAUUGAUGAUGGUUUUGCAGUGCUGGUUCCUUGUUAUAGACCUGGUUGCAAGGAACUUGUCGAGGCGUCUACUGGCCAGCUUUUGAGUGCCAUCAACAACCUCCCAAAGGAAUCGUCUUCUGUUCCCCUUCUUCCUGGGGCUCGCUUAUCUUCAAUUUUGAUUAGUGUGGAAAGAGGGAAGGAAUUAUACGAAAUGGCUCUCUUCUCUUCAGAAUUUUUGAAGCAUCAAACGGCCCCAAUUUGAUUGAUUGGUGUGAAUCACUUCUUUUUCUUUAUUGCAUUAUCAAACAAAGGAGAUGAUGUAGAAAACAGAAAUUAAAACAGAUUCAGUGGCGUUAGGGUCUGCAUCAAUUUCUGUUGGAGAUGUUUAGAGGACUAACAUCCAUCAAACAUGGCAAGACGCCAUUUAGUCGAUUAAUGAGAAGAAGCUAUAUUCGUAGAAAUGAAUUUACAAGAGGACACAGAUUUUCCCCCACAUGGCAUUUUUUUAAUUUUAUUAUAGAACAUGGUAUGUUUUGUUGGUCAUCUCUAUAUGAUGGAGGUUUGAUUUCCUAAGUACUGCUACCUGUUAAUAUGGUGAAAGUAAUGUCUGUUUCUAAGCAUAAGACUACUGUACAUAGAUUUUCAUCUAUUCCCUAUCAACAUUUUAGUA